AUCGCAUAGUAAACAUCGCGUUUUCAAACUUUCACUUUUGAAACUUUUAUUUCAGUUUUUCCCGUUUGUUAUUUGUUAGGAUUUCGUAGUGAGUACUUGCUGAUAUACUAUUGCUUAUACAGAUUUGUAGUGAAACACAAGACUAGCAGAUGUUUACAGAACAUUUCCGCUUUGCGUAUGGCCGAGACAAAGCGAUAAAUUCUUCGCACUUCUGGUGAGAUAGCGAAAGCUUCGUUUGUUAAUUUAGAAUGCCGAAGGCGCGUGGUGACUUGCACAGUCGACCAAUGACCUCUAAUGCGUAACAAAAAUCUAGCGACGAAGCUUACAAUUGAUAGUGGUUAAUCGAAGAAUGCUUAACUUUUUCAGCUAACAAAAUCCGUUGUUUACUAAUUUAACUAGUAAAUUGGUUUAUUUUUCUGUGCAUGGGUAAGCCUGAAGUGUACAGAAGUGCGUCGCUGAGUACAGUAGAAACAGAUUGUCGACUUCCGGUCAUCACCUGAUCAGCGUGUCGCACCACCGAAAAACAGAAUGCUGCUCGAGAACAAAAUCGGUGUGCUUUCGCGAUCCUGUUCCUCCGCGUUUCCUAUCUGCGGUAUUUUUAUUUAUGCCAUACUGAUGAGCAUCAGUCGUGUGCAGUGCGUCAGUGGGUCUAAUUCCUCGGAGAUUUCGACCGAUUCACCAUUUUCGAACACAAGUGUUUCCACUGCUAUGACAAACGUUACAACCGCAUCUGUAAACCAUACAAACAUCUCGCCCACUGAACGACUAAUGAUAGCGACAAACUUGACUGCCGCUCGCCUGAAAGAACAAGCGGAAGGACCAGAAGCAGACUGGGCUCAAAAUGCCGAUGGAAAAUGGGAAUGGAAAGGCAAGCCGCGUAAUCGAACUCUGGCAGAUAAAUCUUCCCGUCGGAAUCUACUAAAGACCACGCAGUCUCCACCACUGAACACUACGUCGUCGACGAGAUUGUCAAGUGAUCACAAGGAUAACAGUACAAAUGUUACCGGACAAUUAAACACUGCGGCGCCAGCGCACAAUAAUUCAGCGAUCACCCCGCAGUUGACCUUUAAUGCUUCCAACAUUACUAGUACCAGUAUUCCAGCGAUCCUUUAUUCCAGUUCUAACGCAUCCUUAACAUUGAAUCAACAUGAAAUUAACAAAACAGUGGACAUUUUGAAAAACAACGGUUCAGUGGUAUUGAUUGACCACCAUACCGUUAACGGAUCCAACAUCACAGAAAUUGUUUCUAUAUCGCAUGCAAGUUGGACAACUAGUGCAACUAGUGCAUCCAACGUUUCGGCUUCGGGAAACCACUCCGUUGAUUUGUUUAAGAACAACGCCAGUAUAAAUUUGAAUCCUGUCAAUGUAAGCAGCCAUGACGAGGCAUCAUUUAAUAUAUCCGCCCUUGCUGCAAUUUCCGCUAAUACCAACGACGUGCUCAUCCCAGACCGCGCUUUGUUUCCCAACGCAAAUAAUUCGCCGGUGCGGAGUGAAAUCACGGCACGUCCCUUGAUUAUUAAGAGGCCGACAACCCCCAUAAUCAGCCAGAAUGUAUCCAACUUGACGGGAAAAUCCGAACGCACAGAGGUCACGGCGCGCCCGAUUCUCAUAAAAAAGCCAACCACAUUGGCAGCCAUUCUUAGCUCUUCCAGUAAUUUGGAUGUCGGUCAUUUACCUGUGUUUAAUCUUUCCGGGAAAUCGGCGGGACCGGGAUUAACGUUUGAACUUCGAAAAAUGACCGUAGUGGAAGAGCAUCCGGCUAACGUAACGAUUAGCCACAACAACAGUUCUAGCAUUAUGGAUGUACUGAUUCCCGCUCUCAAAAUUUCUGCGGUCAAUGGAAAUAAUACUACAAUUAAUGCCAGCAACGGCGCACUGCAAGCAAGUGUCCACCGGGAAAUGGACAUUGUUUUACAUAACACAACGGAUUCAAAGAUCAUUUCGGAAGCAAAGCUAAACACAUCAAAUAUUAAUGGCACGGAAAAGAUUCAAAAUACUUUUGACUCAAAAGUCAACACUUCGAGUAAUGCCGGCGCGAGUUUAAUCGAUCCACAUCAGUUAAUUGCCGCACUGGGUGCGUCAUUGACCAACGCGUCGGCGCUGUCGGAUUUAGCGAAGGAACAUGGGGAUAAUUUGAAAAUCGACAAGAUAAUUCCGGCUAACCACACUAUAAUUAUAUCUGUGGAUAAAUCUCACGGAGUCGACGCUACAGAGUCGGCAACAGCAGCCAGGACGGUGACCCCGGCAACGGCUGCUCCACCACCCGUUGUUACCCAACCACAGGUCGCAAAUGUGGCUGCACCGGCGCCGGAUCAUUUGGGUGCUUUGGCCAGAUCCGCUGAAGACUUUCUGGAGAGCUACACUAAUGCUAAGAAAAAAGCCGGCAAACUUAUGAAGAGGAAGAAGACCUCAGAAACCUAUGGUCCCAAAUCGGAAAAUGAUCCAAGUUUCUAUGAAAAUCGUGCACUUCCUAAAUCAGCCCGAAGAAAAACUGCCGGCAGCGACAACAGUAGAAAACCGGCAGGGACAUCUGUACCGACGUCAGUGAAUAUUAGUCCGUUUUGGGAAAUUCUUUCAGGGUUGUUUAAUGGCGGAAGUGACCAAAUUUCCGAAGGCGGUCAAUCGAUUUCCGGAAUGACAUCGUUUCUCCCCAAUAUUAACCUUGGAAUGAUGCAAGACAUCCAAAACGCUCAAAGAAAAAUAGCCUCCCCUGCGCAAAGAAUGUCCGGAUAGAAAUUUGAUAAUUUUCUGUGAGUAGUUUUUUGCACUUUUGUUGUUUUGCGUGAAAUACUUUUGUUGUUGCUCAUUUAAUUGUUGCUUCCGUUGAUCAGGCUUUUAUAUUGUAAUCUUUUCCCCUUAGCCCUUGUGUGAUUGUAGUGGGGAAAUAUAUACGUAUUAUGUAGAAUUGCAUCUUUUGUUGCACUGUAUGUUUCAACACGACCGACUUUUCAAGCUCGAACGCUGCACUACCGCGGUACCUGUGUGCAUCCUCACUUAUAAUGUUCUCUAGCUGUGCACGCCUGCAUGUGAAAUGUACGAUACUUGUGUUACAAAUGCGGGGCCUAUAGUUAAUUCAGGGAGAGAAAAAUA